AAAUGUCUUCAACGAGAGAGACGACGAUUCACGACCUACUGAAGCCAUGGAAGUCCCUCCUCCUCCACACUGCCAAAGCCGCCGACGCCUUCUCCCUCUUCAUGAAGACCGCCCUCACCCUCUGCACCUUCGCCUCCCUCUCCCUCGUCCUCUACUUUGUCUUCUCCGCCCAACCCCAACUUCCCGGCCGCGCCUUCCAGCCCCCCGCCCUCCGUCGCAUUGCCACCGCCGAGGCCGAGGCUCCCAUGAAUGUGUCCCACAUCCUGUUCGGCAUUGGCGGCUCCGCGAAGACGUGGGACGAGCGCCGCCACUACAGUGAGCUCUGGUGGCGUCCCAACGUCACCCGCGGCUUCGUCUGGCUCAACCAGGACCCCUCUCUUGCCGCCGGGGCGUGGCCAGCCAGCUCCCCGCCGUACCGGGUCUCGGCCAACACGUCGCAUUUCAAGUACACGUGCUGGUACGGGUCACGGUCGGCGAUCCGGAUAGCCCGCAUCGUGAAGGAGAGCUUCGAGCUGGGGCUCAAGGGCGUGCGGUGGUUCGUGAUGGGCGACGACGACACGGUGUUCUUUUUGGAGAACCUGAUCGAUGUCCUUGCCAAGUACGACCACAGCCAGAUGUAUUACAUCGGAGCAAACUCCGAGAGUGUUGAGCAGGACGUGAUCCACUCGUACACGAUGGCUUACGGCGGUGGCGGGUUCGCCGUGAGUUACCCGCUUGCCGCGGAGCUCGCAAGGGUGUUGGAUGGGUGCAUCGACCGGUAUGCGGAGAUGUAUGGGUCCGACCAGAAGGUGCAGGGCUGUUUGAGCGAGAUUGGCGUGCCCGUCACUAAGGAGCUCGGGUUUCAUCAGGUCGACAUACGUGGCAACCCGUAUGGCUUAUUAGCGGCGCACCCAUUGGCCCCUUUGGUCUCCCUCCACCACAUGGACUAUGUGGACCCCAUCUUCCCGGGCCUGGAUCAGAUCGGCUCUUUAAAGAAACUCCAGACUGCAUUUGAGGCGGACCCAGGCCGGACCCUCCAGCACAGCUUCUGCUACGACCUAGCCCGGAACUGGUCCGUGUCCGUGUCCUGGGGCUACACCGUCCAGCUCUACCCAUCCCUCGUGACAGCGAUGGAGCUGGAGACGGCAGUGCAGACGUUCCAGACGUGGCGGAGCUGGAGCAACGAGCCCUUCACAUUCAACACCCGGCAAGUCGGCCUGAGCCCAUGCGAGCAGCCCGUGGUGUAUUUCUUGGACCGCGUCCACCGGGCCGGGGACGGCCAGACGCUGACCACGUACGUGAGGUCGCCUGUGGAUGAGAAGGACUGUGACCUCGCGCACUAUGCUCCUGCUUUGGCCGUCCAGAGCUUCAAUGUGUCGAGUUCAACGUUCAGACCAAACAUGUGGAAAAAGGCCCCACGAAGACAGUGCUGUGAGGUAAUCAACGGAACAAACUCGACGGGCAAGAUGGUCGAGGUCCAGAUCAGAGGGUGCAACCCCAUGGAGAGUGUGACUCCCCCCGACCACAUCAAGAUUGUCUUCACUGGACCAUCUUAAAGGAGUCGACAACAAAAGAGAAGCUCUCCAUUCCUUGGGAGGUAGCUGUUGUGAAUUGGCCCCUGUACCCUUUCUUCGUGCGCUCUGUGAUUGGCCGUUUCAGUUCGGCUCGGAUAUUGCCACGGAAAAAUCGAAGAAAAGUGGCAAGCAAGGAGAUGACAACAAGUCUGAACUGCUCUUGCAUUAGAUAUACACAGUUGUGGUUGAUGACCAAUUCACGAAGGUAUUGAGAAAUGAUACAGGAUCUAACGAAAGGUGCUGUACUUUCUUGUUUAAUUAUUUUCUACGUGGCUAGGUUUAGUGCAUGUCAACAAUGGAACA